AUGAUAUGGGUGGCUAUGCAGAAAAGAUUCAAGUAUCAUACUAAAUGUAAGGCCAUGCAGCUUAACCAUUUGUGCUUCGCUGAUGAUAUGUUAGUAUUUAGUAAAGUGGAAUACCAAGAUGUAAUGCUGAUGCUGAGAGGAUUGGAAGCAUUCUCAGAAGCCUCUGGACUAAAAACUAAUGCUGCAAAGUCGAAUAUAUUCUCUACAAACACGGAGAAACAAACACUGGGGGACCUAUGUGAGGUCACUGGCUAUACAAAAGUCAAACUACCUUUCAGGUACUUAGGUGUACCUGUAUCAGCAAAAAGACUAUCAUCAGGGGACUGUGAGAUAUUGGUGGAUAAAAUGACAUGGAGAUUACGGACAUGGAGAUCAAGGAAUCUAUCAUAUGAUGGGAGAGUGAUAUUAGUAAAUUCAGUCUUGGUACAUAUGCAUGUAUACUGGGCAUCAAUCUUCUUGUUACCAAAAAGAGUCAUGAAAGAAAUCAUAGCAAUUUGUAGAAACUUCAUAUGGAGUGGACAAGUGAAUUCAAAUCAAGCACCUUUAAUAGCGUUGGAGAGAAUAUGUGCAACAAAAAGAGAAGGGGGAUUGGGGAUACAAGACCGUCUGAAAUGGAAUGAGGCAGCGAUAACAAAGUAUGUAUGGAAUGUGGCUGAAAAGGCUGAUAACCUGUGGGUAAAAUGGGUUAAUCAUAUAUAUAUAUAUAUAAAAAUGAAGAGUGGUGGCAAUGUAAACCAAGUCAAGACACCUGCAGGUAUUGGAAGAAAAUAUGCAGUAUUAAAGACAAAUUCAAGGCAGACAUGGUUGGAAAUGGGGGCUACAGGCAACAGGGAAAUACACUAUCAGAAGUGGGUACAACUGGAGAAGUGGGAAUGGGACAACAUGGCCUUAGUGGAGAGGGCUAUGGAACAAGCUAAAUAUACCGAAACAUAG